GUUUGACAUUAAAUUUGUCCUCGGUAGGUCAUGCCGUGUGCAGGUUUGCGUGGUUGCGGCAUGCGUUGUUUGCAAGCAUGUUUGAUGAAUAUAAAUGUAAAAUGUUGGUAUUCUAACGUUUUCUUUUACUUAUUUUGUGCAUGUACCAGGCUUGGUUUAUCAUACACUCGGUCUGUUGGCCUAUCGGUUGCUGGCGAUGUCAAGGAAUCCGUGAGUUCUAGGGCUUUUCUCGAUUUUAGGUUAUACAUGCAGCAUUUUAUUGAUGGAUAUUGCGACACAGAUGGAUGCUAAUUGACAACGCCUUUUUAGUUUAUUGCAGGUAGGCAAUGCGGGUGAAAGUACUGCUGACGUCAGUGGAAUUUUCGGUGAAAUUAUGCUGGGAAGGCGUUUCUUUAGUUGGGAGGAAUUUGAGAAUUCCUUAGGAGAAUUUCAACAAUUGUCCUGCACUCACUAUGUGCACAUUCAAAGCAAAACAACAGGGGACGACAGAUAUAAGUACGCUUACGUUUAUUUUAAAUGCACUUUUGGCGUGAACCGUGGAAAAGCUGGCCUGAAAUUGCGAAACAAGUCGUCUAAAUGUUGCAACUGUCUGUCUGCAUUUCGCGUAAUUUUGCGUGAUAGUGAAUACGUGAUAACAUCCCACAAAAUGGUCCACAACCAUUCAUGCACCAGUGUGUAUAUGCAGAAUGAUCCAUGGUCUAGACGACUGUCAGCGGAAGAGAAAGAAAAUGUAGAACCACUUCUUCACCAAUCACACAGCACGUCAGCAAUUGUGCCGCGAAAUCAAUGUGACUUAUACGUAACCAAUAGGAGGCUUAUUAAUGCGGGCCUGACGAGAAUUUGUGACAAAUAUGGGCGGACGUUUGCCGCAGAGUUCGCUGGAGAAGUAGUCGCUCAAAUCAACAAUGUUCUUGAUGUGUAAAC